CCUGAUAAACCCUAGAAGAAGAAGAAGAAGAAGAAGAAGAAGAAGAAGAAGAAGAAGAAGAAGCAAAACCUGUGGAGAUCGAGAUGGGAAAUGAGAGCAAGAGCAAUUUGGGAGGAGGAGGAAUUAGGGCAAAGAUGGAGCACUAUGUCUACAGUGGGGAGAAGAAGCACGUUUUGGCUGGGAUCGGGAUUAUCUCCAUCAUCUUCGGAAUCCCUUGGUAUCUAAUGAAUCAAGGAUCAAAGCAUCGUUCUCACCAAGAUUACUUGGAAAAAGCUGAUAAAGCUCGAAAAGCUCGUCUCUCAUCAUCUUCAUCCUCGGAUAAGUAGUCAUCUCCCCCCACUUGGAUGGAGACUCUAGUCAACUACAUUUUGUGAAUGGAUCCAUACAUCAUCGUUUCCAUGUCUAUAAACUCAGCCAUGUCUGUUCUAGAGUGUGGUUCAGUUCAGAUAUGUAUCUUUACACUCUACACUUAGGUUUCUUUAUCGAAGAUAUGUAAAUUUGCGAUAAGUUAAAGGAUUCAUCCUUUACGAUACUGUUGUGUGAGCUGUGAGUUUCGACUAGGACAAUCCAUAAAGUGAAAGAUCAAGAUGAGUCUGGUAUGGUUUGCUUAAUAAUCUUUCAGUAACCCAAAAAAAAAAUACACGGGGUUUUAUCUUGUAAA